AUGUGUUCUGAUCUCUUUUUCUCAUCAACACUGCUUCAUCUGCUAUUGCUACUGUUUAUUACCGGAAGCUCUCAGGGCGCAUUUUCCGGAAAACUCGUGUCUGCUUUUCGGCCUCUUCCAGUAACCACUCGCCUCCAGGCUUCUGCGAAAUUUUCGGCACGCUUGCCACUUGAUAUUGUUGUCGGCUUGCCCGUUAAUGAAGGACAUGUGUUACGGAAUCCGUACAGAUUAACAAUUGCCAAAAGUCAGCCUGUAUUUGACGUAGCAAUUGAAGAUAUUUAUUACAUGCACAAGCUUUUGCCACCAAAAAGCCUCCGGAUCACCUAUGUCGACACAAAUUUAAGCGAUGCGAUCGGACCACAGCGUAUAAUUGAACGUUACUGUGAACGUAGCGUUGACGCGGUUAUGGGUUUAAGUUACGUGUAUGCCUUGGCGCCUGUGGCACGAAUGUCUCAGUUCUGGGCGAGUGGUGUCCCAGUAUUCAGCACUUCAGCGCUGGUCGACGAACUGGGUGAUAAACAGCAAUUCCCGUUACUUACCCGUUUGAUGGGAACUUACAAAACAGUGGCGCACUUGUCGCGAAAGCUGGUAGACCAAUUCGCCUGGCACAAUGUACAUUUUUUCUUCCACGAUUUGGUCAGCCGGCGACACGUUGGCCGAUCGGAGUGCUUCUUUUCGCUGAAUGCCAUUAAAAAUGUGUUCAAUCAGCCGCCUACGAUUGUUUGGACAGUAGAAAUGUUCAAUGAAAAUGGUAUCAGCAUGGCACAGCUGAGUGAAAUGCUCAAAAAAGCUUCUGGUUUAACGAAUGGCAAGUUUUGA